AAUGUCAUUGGUAAAUGGUACUUGAUAAAAUAAUAGAUUAUUUAUUUUUAAAACGUAGUUUAUUCCCACGUUAAAUUUAUAUAAUAAUAAUAUAACAAAAUGGAAACCAAAGUGGCUGUUGUUACUGGCAGUAACAAGGGAAUAGGAUUCGAAAUAGUAAAAGGAUUGUGUAAAGGGUUCGAUGGUGCCGUGUACCUCACAGCUCGAAACGAAGAAAGAGGACAACAGGCGGUCAAAAAGCUGGAAGCCUUAGGUUUUAGACCACAUUUCCAUUUACUAGAUGUUACGAGUGAGGCUAGUAUACAAAAAUUUUCUUCUUAUAUUUCUACUCACUAUUCGGGAAUCAAUAUUUUAGUAAACAAUGCAGGUAUACUUGACUUUGAUAAAUCUGUUUCAAGUUACGAAGAUGCGAAGAAGCUUAUGGAUACGAAUUUUUACAGUUUGCUUACUAUUACAAAAAUAUUGUACCCAUUGCUUCACAAUGAUGCUCGUAUAAUAAACAUCAGCAGCGACUGGGGACUCCUCUCUAACAUACGUAAACAAACAUGGUUGGAUACAUUGGCGAAAGAUGAUUUAACUGUAAAGGAAAUACUCGAUUUUGUGGGAGAUUUCUUGCAUGCAGCAAAAAGUGGAAAGAACUCCUUUGUUUCAUUCGCUGGAUCUUUCGGUGAUUACAAAGUGUCAAAAGUGGCAAUGUCUGCUCUAACAUUCGUACAACAGAGACAAUUUACUGAACAGGGUAAAGACAUAUCUAUAAACUGUGUGCAUCCCGGUUUUGUAAAAAGUGACAUGACAAAAGGAAUGGGUGACUUUUCAACGGAGCGUGGUGCCCGAGCCCCGCUGUACUUGGCUCUGGAGGCACCGCAGUCACAGAAGGGCACAUUUGUUUGGCAUGACUGUCAUCAAGUGAACUGGGAUGAUUAAGUGUUAUGUUGUUAUGAUUUUAUUAUACCUGUGAUAAUUUCAAGUGUCACAUGCACUUAAAAUAUAUGUUUUAUUCAGUUGUAAAACA